GUAUGGCGACUGGCUGCGGUCUGGGUGGCGCAACGUCAUGGACGCCGUGCUGCGCCUGCACCGCCUGGACCUGCUGCCCGCGGCGGUGAUUGCGGGCGACGGCGAAGACCCCGAGGAGGCUCGCCUGCGCCUGCCUCGCCCCGCCUCCAUCUCCAAGUCCCGCGGCUCCUCGGGCUCCCUCUUCUCCCGCGCCUUCACCUCCCUCAUCUCAAUAGAGGGCUCAGACGGCGCCUCCGCUGAGCAGGCAUGCCGCCGCCGCCAGCUGCCGCCGCCGCGCAGCGCUUCCCGCUGCCCGCGGCCGGCCGGCGCAGGCGCCAGCUGGCGGCGUGCCAUCGCGGCGCGCGAGGCGGAGCUGACCGGGCGUGCGCUGGCCAGCGUGGAGGCGUGCCACGUGGAGGAGAUCUUUGCUGACUCCAAGUUCCUG